AUGCCGAUCUAUCAAUCUACGGGGAACCACUGGCGCAGGGCGGCCAAGACCGUGGUAAUUUUCAUCAUUGGGUUAGCUGCCAUCGCUCUGCUGGCCACCGUCGCUGCGCCGGGAGGACCAGCAGGAAGGGCGAGGCGUAUGAACGCGCGGGCCGCGUUAGAGGACGACGAUGCUAGUGAAUCGACGAUCUGGCAGCCUGCCCCCGGUCUCAAAUGGCAGAUUCAACUGGAGAAUGCGGUCGACGAUACGUCCGUCAAUGCCGAGGUGUAUGAUAUUGAUCUCUUCGACAAUACGGCGGACACCAUUCGUAGCAUUCGCCAGCAAGGGGCCAAGGUCAUAUGUUAUUUCUCAGCAGGGACCUACGAGGACUGGCGAUCCGACGCUGAGCAGUUCGCAGAGGCCGACAUGGGUAACGAGCUGGAUGGAUGGCCCGGAGAGCGGUGGCUCAACAUUCGCUCCGCAUCUGUGCAUCGCAUUAUCGAGAGCCGACUCGACAUGGCCCACCGCAAGGGUUGUGAUGGGGUCGAUCCGGAUAACAUCGACGCCUACAACAACGAGAACGGACUCGGUUUGACCGAAGCCGACGCGGUCGACUUUAUCAAGUAUCUCGCUGCCCAGUCUCAUGCCAAUGGGGGCGAUAUUAUCGGAUCGGUGAUCGAGAACGUGCAGUGGUCGGUCAAUGAGCAGUGUGCCCAAUAUGAUGAAUGCGACACCUACGCCGCCUUCACGCGAGUGAACAAGCCGGUCUUUCAUAUUGAGUAUUCCGAUGAACUGUCAAACUCAGACUACAAAAUUAAGGCCCGGAUGACGAACUCGGAAAAGUCCAGCGUGUGUGACGCCCCGGGGACCGAGAAGUUCUCGACCGUGAUCAAAGACUUGGACCUGAGUGCGUGGGUCGAAUAUUGCUAG